AAGUCACUGCACCGUGCUCUCAUUUCGAUGGGAAAUAAAAACAUGAAAGUGAGGCGAAUGGGAUUUUCCAUUCGGGCCGAUAAAAAUCUACAAGCAGUGGAAAGGCCAAUGGACCAAAAUGUCCGACAAAACUCAGGGUGGAGUAGUUGUACUUGGUUUAAUUUAUGCCACGAUGCCGAACUGGGGCGGAGGCAACAAGUGCACGGCGUGCCGCGGCACGGUGUACCACGCCGAGGAGGUGCAGUGCGACGGCAAGAGCUUCCACAAGGGCUGCUUUCUCUGCAUGGUGUGCAGGAAAGGUCUGGACAGCACCACGGUGACCAUUCACGACCAAGAGAUCUACUGCAAGUCGUGCUACGGCAAGAAGUACGGUCCGAAAGGCUACGGCUACGGGCAGGGGGCUGGCACGCUCAACAUGGACCGAGGGGAGCGGCUGGGGAUCAAACCCGAGCAGUCGCCGUGUCACAGGCCCACCACCAACCCCAACCCGUCCAAGUUCGCCCAGAAGUUCGCAGGAUCGGAAAAAUGCGCUCGCUGUGGCGACUCCGUGUACGCCGCAGAGAAGAUUAUGGGUGCGGGCAAGCCGUGGCACAAGAACUGCUUCCGCUGCGCCAAGUGCGGCAAGAGCCUGGAGUCCACCACCCAGACGGACAACGAAGGAGAAAUCUACUGCAAAGCUUGUUACGCCAAGAACUUCGGGCCGAAAGGAUUUGGCUUCGGCCAAGGAGCGGGCGCCCUGGUCCACGCAGAGUGACAACACGGCCACCAGUACUCACCGCUUGUUUGCUUUUAAGUCUUCUCAAAUAAAACAAUAUACCCCUCACAUAAAAGUUCACAUUUGACUGUAUUUUAUUAUUAAAGCCAUUAAAACUGAACCAUGCCCGUAUGUUGUACAUCUGAAGCAGAGUUAAAGUGAUGUGGGCAGAGAGAGAGAGGCACUGGAAAUGAUACGGUCUUGUUUUCCUGUGUAUGUCUUUAUAUAUAUAUAGUGAAUAGUCCCAGAACACAACUGACUUUUGCGUUGGUAGAACUCGUGAAACGGGGGUUGCUUUUUGUGUGUCGACAGGUGAAAAAAAUACCAGGCCCUUUGAAAAAUGUCUUGCAUGAUCACAUCUCUGCUUUUAGAAAAAAAGAACAAAAAAAAAAAAAAAGUCAUCUAUUGUCUUUGCUUUACAAUUUGUACA